UAAACCUUCAGUCUGCGUGCUGAAGGGACAGUAUUACCAUUAAAAAAAAAAAAAAAAAAAAAAAAAAAAAAAAAAAAAAAAAAAAGUGUGUUCAUAUUAUCAAAAGCAAAAGCAACAAAAAAUUAAAUCAGUGUCAGUGCAAGUUAAUAAAAUGUCUACUGGACGCGAAGAUUCCUUCAAUGGAUCUCGUCCUCCAUCCGGCUCUGAUUACUAUCAUGACCAGUGCUACAUCUCGCCAAGCGGCACCACAGACAACGAAGCCAAAAAUCAGCUUCUGCCGCCUGAGCCACGCCCCGCCAACAACAACAACAACAACAACAAGACACCAAGACUGCAAGGAGACACUACCAAGUCGAGGGAUGACGAAGCUCCUAAAUCAUGGAUUGCCGCAAAUAACACCCCCCUUCAUGCAGACUCCAAAUCCGCCAAGCCACGGACGACGGCCAAUAAGCGCAUGCCCAAAAAAGGAUCGCCAGCACAAAAAGGGCGCACUUUUCUGGCAUAGCAGCAGCAUCAUCAACUUCUCUAAAAUACAAGGCACCAAAAAUCAGGGAAUAUGCCAGAAAAGAAAACUUAACUGUGCAUAUUUCCCCGCCACUCCUUCGCAGCAAGGCUGCCGCUGCUAAUAAUGCAAAAACAAACACAGACAAAUUGAACACGAACACACUCACACUUUUGCAAACAGACCAGCACCAGACAAACGCAAACACUCACGAACACACACAAAAUAAAAUUUCCCCUUCUGCCGACAACAAAACAGCCAAUACAAAAACUGUAAUGCCGAACGACUGCAAGGACAGAAAGCGCUCGCUGUCUCUGUCUCUCACUAUAGCGCGCAGAGAGAAAGCGGCAAUAGCAGAGAGAGUCUCUGUGCACACCAAUACAUGCGCAGCUGACUCUGACGAACGCAAUUCUGCCAAGCAGCAACGCAUAAAUGAGCAUGACAGCAAUACCAAAGCAAUAACUAUCAGCUCUCCUGAGUCUGCCUUGACACUGGAAAAUAAUGCUACGCCCCGCCCCCCCUCUUCGAUUGCAACCAUUAAGAUGACUCCGUCUCCUGCGAAAAGCAGCCCAUGCAACACGAAGAUUGUCAAUAAUUGGCUCACCAGCGUCCCCCCUCUGCUCCAUGAGCUGCCAUUCCCAAUACAAAUUGUUAAAAACCCACCCAAUGGACAACAAUCUCCGUACAAAAGGAAAAUCACUGACAUGGAACAUGAUUCUGACGACAGCAUAGACUUCCCACAAAUCACAACACCAGAUUUUAAAAGCAACUUCGCUAAAAGAUUCCUUAAAGCAAGCAUGCGGCAAGUCGACCAGCAUUACAGUGAGCAACAACAAACACACAUGCAACAAAUACACUGCGAUGAAAUACAUCAACAACAGCAAACAAUUCAUAAAAUCCCUCCAAUAAUAAUACCAUUUGUCGCAGAAAUCA